AUGACUUCUACGCACUUUUUCGUUUUCAUUACAUUAAAUCUCUUAUAUUAUUCACAAUCAUUACAAUCUGGUUAUACAUGUGAAACAUCAGUAACAUUAACAUGUUCUCAAUCACAAAAAAUAGUCAUUCUUGAAGUGAUUUAUUCAUCAGAAUGUCCAAACUUGAACGAAGAAUUAAAUGGCACUUCAAUAUAUGCACCGUCUCGUUGUAUUGGUUAUUAUCGUGAACGAGUAGGUACUUUAUGUAAUGGAAAAGAAAACUGCAUUAUAGACAAUAGUCUCGAACAACGUCCAGCAUUUCUUAUUGGUAAACAAGCUAAUUGUGCAUUUAAAGGACAAAGUAUAAAUAUUGAAUAUUCAUGUAUUCCUGAUUUUGAUUCGAAUAAACUACCUCGUAUUGAUAUUUGUUCAUUACAAUCUCUUGAUGGUAUCAAAGAAGGUUUUAUUCAUACACCUAAUUAUCCAAAUAAUUAUCCGAAUAAUCUGGCAUGUUUAAAGACAGUACCAGCACCAGUUGCAAGUCAUCGACUAAAAAUUUAUGCUCUUGAUUUUGAUGUUGAAAGUAUUAGUGUAGUUCGUUUGACAAGUAUUGCACGUAUUAAUGAUUGGUUAGAAAUUAAUGAUAAUGGAGAAAAAUUAUAUGGUACUCGACUGCCAUUUACUCUCUUAUUUGAUGAUGUUAUUGAAGCAUCAUUAAUGUUUAAAUCAGAUUUGUCUAAUACAAAACGAUCAUAUAAUGGAUUUUUACUUUACUUUAUCGUCACACCGGUUCGUCGUUCUCGACCACCACCAAUAACAAAAAUAAUAACAGCUACAAAUUUGAACGCUCUCUCUAUUGAUGACUCUACAAAUGCAAUUGAGCAAAAAGCAGCUGGACUUACUGUAGAUAAUCGACGAGAAAAAAAUGUCGGCUUAAUUUUACUUGUUAUUCUUCUCUCUGGCAUUCUUUUCAUCGUCAUUUGUGCCGUUCUACUCUACAAACGUCGUAACGAUCGUCGUAUUCGUUAUUUAGUUGAAACAUUUAACUCAUUCAUACCAAAACAGUCAAAAUCGAUAAUGCUUGAUUCAGUAGAAAAUAGUGAUGAAACAAAAAUUGAUUUAAAAUAUGAUUUAUCUUCCAUGAGUAACAAUAAUAAAUCAAUCUUAAAAUAUUCAAAUGAAAAAUUUCAAGAUUCAGAUCAUAUUUAUUCACAAGAUCCACUUGAAACGAAAGAUUCUUUAAAAACAAAUGAUAAUGAUUCACUUCUAUAUGAAUAUAUUGAUUAUGCAACAAUUAAUCAUCAAAACAAAUAA